CGUUUCGUAGGCCUAGUUUACCAGCACACACGUGAAUUGCACAAAUAGGGGAUUAUCAUCUACAAAGCCACGAUAACCAUACAAACUUCAUCUGCUCCUACGAUAUGAAAGCUCCAGAUCAGUUGCUAAGUUAUUAAAAUGUACCGUAUGUCAACUCAAUCCAAGCUGCAGAUUCGAUCAAACUGGAACAAGGGCGCUCAGGCUAGUCAAACAAAGGCUCCAGUCCAGUCAUUAGCUGUAUCAUUUAAUAAUAAGGGACAAAACCGCGGCACUGUGGCUGUUUAAAUACGGUCAAUCUAACAUUCCCGCCCCCCCUUUUUAACCGCUAAUCAGAGGGAGCGACCUACUAACGUUUCUUCGGCUGUGCGCAUUUGUUGUGACAUCAGGCGACGUUAGCCCGUUUUCGAGAAUUUCGGGAAUUUAACGUUGUAAAUAUCGGUUAAGUGAUUUUGUUUUAACGGGCCGAGAUCGACAAACCAGAAAUGAGUUCGCAGAUCCGACAGAACUUUCACCAGGACUGCGAGGCUGCCAUUAACAGACAGAUAAACCUGGAGCUCUAUGCUUCCUAUGUUUAUCUUUCUAUGGCUUACUAUUUUGAUAGGGAUGAUAAAUCCCUACCAAAUUUUGCAAAGUUCUUUAAAGCACAGUCCAAAGAAGAGCGCAUGCAUGCAGAGAAGCUGAUGAGUUUGCAGAACAAGCGAGGAGGCAGAAUUUUUCUGCAAGACAUCAAGAAACCUGAUAGAGAUGAGUGGGGGAGCGGCCUGGAAGCUUUGGAGUGUUCCUUACAGCUGGAGAAAAGUGUAAACCAAUCCCUGCUGGACUUGCAGAAAAUGGCAACUGAACACAAUGAUCCUCAUAUGUGUGACUUCAUAGAAACGCAUUAUCUGGACGAGCAGGUUAAAUCGAUCAAACAGCUCGCCGACUGGAUAUCAAACUUGCGCCGCAUGGGAGCCCCUCAGAGUGGCAUGGCAGAGUACCUCUUUGACAAACACACCAUGGCUGACGAGAGCAGUUAAAUCACACUGAUGAUCAUUCUGGUCACCGCUGCAUGACAUCCUGCCCCUGUCCCUGACAUGUACUGCAUGUAACACAGAUAAUGCUGCUUUAUUUAUGCUUGUUAGCUGUCAAUAAACUGCAAAAUUUACAAAAGGCAUAAAUAGCACUGUGAACUGGAACUGCUGCAGUCCUGACUUCACGUUCCAGAUGACAGUUGAUCUCAAAGAUGCUUUGAAGAAAUAAUACUGAGGAAACCUUUUAACUCACACCACUUAUUGUUCAUACCUUCUGCUAUAUUACACGUCAUUUCAGUGUUUGUGUUUCUGAAUUAUGGUGACCUAAAACCCCUAGAAAUACUACUAGAAUAGUACACACACACAUAUAUACACACAUACAUGUAUAUAUUUGAGCAGAAAGUGUAUGGAGACUGGACUAUGACACUAUGUGAAGGCUUUUUUAAUAACAAACAUAAUGGCAAACUAGAUGGCACUUUGAUUGUGAUGCUGAAACAAAAAACAAAAACAUUAAAAGGUCAACAGCAAUGGGUUAUUCAAGAUAAUCCACAGAUUUUGUUUUUGUUAACUAGUAUAAUGACAGUCUUCGAUCAAAUUAAAUCACAACAAAUAAAUUUACAACGGGAAAACUUUGUGCUUCAUAUGUUUACUGAAUAUUCUUUUAAAUACAUCAGCUUUGAGUUGUUUUUCUCGUGUGUCAGUGGGUUAACUAUAUACGGUCACUAAAAACACUAUAUAAAACCAAUGAAAAUGUUUCCUCAGCUAUUUACAGAUCACUUCUUUCUGCGGUUGCUUCGUAUAAUAUGACAGCUAUGAGUAGUUGUGAAUUUAAGUUAAAUUGUACAGUUUCCUUUUAUAAUAAAAAAGUAAGAAUACCAA